AUGACCUACCAGCAACAACAGCAACCAUUAGCAUGCUGGAGACAGAGAACUUUCUUUUCCAAUAUCCAGCCUACAACAAUUCAAGAUGCUAUGACAGCAUGCGGGAAACUUGGUAUCCGCUAUCUCUGGAUUGACAGACUCUGCAUCAUCCAAGAUAACCUAGAAGAGAAGAUAACUUAG